ACAUGAGUAUUUAACAGGCUUAUCCCACGCACUCCAGUCUACCCCUCCCCAGUUCCACUAUCUUCCUCAAAUAUCACAUCUAGUUCCAAAAUGAAAGCAAUCAUAGUCACCGGCGCCACCGGAAAACAAGGCAGCUCUGUAAUCCGCAACCUCAUCUCCAAAGACGCCCCAUUCGAAGUCCUCGCCGUCACUCGCGAUGUCAACUCCCCAUCCGCACAGCGCCUCGCCAAACUCUCCCCCAAAAUCAAGCUCAUCGAAGGCAACCUGGACCAACCGGUAGAUAUCUUCGAGAACGCGCGAACCGCCAGCGACCACCCACUCUGGGGCCUUUUCAGCGUCCAGGUCGCCAUCGGCAACACCAGCUCGGAAGAAACGCAGGGCAAAAACCUCAUCGACGAAGCGAUUCGCCAGAACGUCAAAUUCCUCGUCUACAGCUCCGUCGACCGCGGCGGCGACGCUGUCUCCUUUACCAACCCGACUAAAAUUCCGCACUUCGUGAAAAAACACAACAUCGAGCAUCACCUUGUCUCGGCGGCGAAGGACACCGAUACGGCGUGGUUCAUUCUCCGUCCGACUGCGUUCUACGAGAACCUUGUCCCCGGGUUCAUGGGCAAAGUAUUCACCACGGCGUGGAGCAUGACGCUCAAGGGGAAGCCGUUACAGUUGGUUGCGACGAGCGAUAUCGGGUAUCUCGCGGCGGAGGCGUUCGUGAAUCAUGAGAAGUAUCAGGGGACGGCGGUGUCGUUGGCGGGGGAUGAGUUGACGUACGAGGACAUGGCGAGAAUAUUUAAGGAGAAGACGGGGCAGAGUGUGCCGGGGACGUUUCGGGCUGUGUGUUCGGUGCUGAUGGCGGCGAUGAAGGACUUUGGGGUCAUGUUUCGCUGGUUCAGGGAUGAGGGCUAUCAAGCUGAUAUCGGCGAUUUGAGGGCGAAGUAUCCGGGGCUGAAGGAUUUUGGGACGUGGUUGGAGACGGAGAGUGAGUGGAAGAAAUGAUAGUCUUUG